AUGCCCGAGUCUAAGAAAACAGGAAGAAAAUCUAAAGCUGGAGCCCCUGCCCCUGCAAAGACUCCAGUCUACGAGCCUAAUAUUCCUGAGCCAACAACUAGAGCUGAGCUUCUGAAAUACUGGCUCCCCCUCUCACUGGAUGACAGGACCGCUCAGAAGCUGCUGUGGAUUUCAGAGGGGGGCAGUAAGGUGUCUCGUAUGUCCGAUGAGUCUGUGUGCCCUUACCUGGACAGACCUGAGAGAUAUGAUCACUCGCCACAGGUCCUCUGUAAGGAGGUUGUGUGGGGCAUGCGGGGCUACUGGGAGGUGGAGUUUUCGGGAUGGGUGGUCAUCGGGGCUACAUAUGAAGGAAUGGGAAGGAAGGCUCAGAACGGGCCCUGCGGCCUCGGGGAGAACGACGGGUCCUGGGGCGUGGGCUGGGCCGGAUCCUGCUACCACGCCUGGCACAACAGCGAGAACAUAGAGAUCCAGGCACCCUUGAGCCCCGUCAUGGGCGUGUAUCUGGAUCAGCCGGCGGGGAUCAUGAACUUCUACAUAGUGGAGGGCGGUCAGGAGGGGGAGGAAGGCGAGGGCAAAAAGGAGGUCAAGCUGCUGCAUAAGUUCAAAGCCCCUUUCAAGGAGCGCCUUCUGCCCGGGUUCUGGGUAGGGAGGAAGUCAUACUGCUGGAUUCAGAAGAAACCGGAGUGA